AUGGAGCUGGCCGAACGGUUCCUGCUGGACGCGCUUGCCUACCUGGAAUGCGCCCUGGGCGUCGUGUGCUAUAUGCUGCUGAAGCUGCGGGGCUCGCCCUACGGGCGCUACUCGUCGCCCGGCUCCGCCUUCGGGCUGCCAGCGCGGGCCGCCUGGGUGAUGCAGGAGCUGCCCUCGCUGGCCCUGCCGCUCCUCGCCUGCGCGGGCGCGGGCGCGCCGGCCGAGCGCCUCAACCGCUGGCCCAACUGCAUCCUCCUGGCCAUGUUCCUGGUCCACUAUGCCCAACG